AUGUUCGGAGAAACAACAGUCGUAGAAGAAGGCUCAUUCCAGCCUACUAAGACUCGUAAACAGAAGCUGUUGGAUAAACGGAAGCGGCAGAUGAGAGCCGAGGGAGAAGCAGCCGCCCAAGUCGCCGAGAACACCUCGCAGAGGGAUGAUCCNNNNACAACUGUUCAUGAUGCUCAGCAGGCGGAGAGUAUGCUCAACAAAAUGAAAUUCUGCCAGAUUGGCAACUAUUAG